AUGAGCAAUGACCGGAUUCCCGCACACUCGGAUGCCCUUGGACGCACUCAAGAUCAAUCUACAAGCUCAGCGGAGUGUGAUAUCGAUGAAGCAAUUUGGCGUAGUAUCCUAGCGCUUCAGACCGCUAUUGAUUCCGCCCACUUAGAGAGCCUUGGAAUGCAGCUGGAUGCUCGAUAUCAGCAAACACAAAAUCCCAAUUAUCUCGAGGCAGCAAUACAGUGUUACCAGCUUGCGACUAGAACGCCUACUUAUUUCGACUAUGCAGCACGCCUAGAUCGUCUAGUGAAAUUGUUCAAUUCCCGGUUCCACUGCCCGGCCCAAAUCCUAUGUCGCAAAACGAGCGAUGAUCAGUUUUCUCUACAGUUAGACUCCCUCGAGAGCGGUUCCCACGCUCAACAUCAGUUUAUAAUCCCAACAGGUGAUAUUGAUGAAGCAGUUCGGCUUGGCUUUCUAGCGCUUCAGGCCGCUGUUAAUCCUGCACUCUUACAAAACCUUGGGAUGCAGCUGGAUGCUCGAUACCAGCAAACACAAAAUCCCAAUGAGCUUGAACUCGGCACAGCAGUACAGUGUUGUCAGCUGGCGACUAAAACGACUUCCUAUGUCGACUAUGCAGCGCACCUAAAUCGUCUAGUGGGAUUAUUCGAAUCUCGAUUCCAAUACCUAGACCAAAGCCAAUGUCGCGAAACGAGCGAUGAUCAGCUUUCCCCAUGCUUAUACGCCCUAGAAAGCAGCUUCCACGCUCCAGUUCAGCCUACAAACCCGACGGGUGAUGUUGAUGAAGCAUUUCAGCUUGGCUUUCUAGCACUUCGGGCCGCUGUUGAUCCCGCGCUCCUCGAGGACCUUGGGAUGCAACUGUAUAUGCGAUAUCAUCUAACAGAGGAUAUCGUUGAUCUCAACUUAGCGAUCGACUAUUCUUGGCUUGCGGCUAAGGUGACUACUUACGACCAUCCUGAGUACAAAAUGCGCCUAGAUUUUCUGGCGGGACUACUCGAUGCUCGAUUCCAAACCACGGGAUUUUUACCUGACCUUGAUCGAGCGAUUCAACUUACUCGUACUGCACAAAUUGGCAGGACAAAUCAUAAUGAUUUUGUACUGUAUUGGUUCGAACUCGGGGAAAGGCUCGGAAGACGGUUUGGUUCUGUAGGAACUAUCGCCGAUCUCAACGAUGCUAUUUGGUACCUUUCCCUAGCAGUUAGAGAGGCCACUGGAGAGUCCCCUUCCCUCUUCGAUCUCUUGGUUGAGCUCGCUUUCAAUUUCAAUCUCCGACAUGACACAUUGGAAAAUAUAGAAGAUCUUGAUAACGCGAUCUCACUACGUGAACGUGCUCUUCAGAUUACCCAUGAUCAAGAUGAAUUGUGGUUAGAUUGCAUGCGCGAUCUCGGAAAAGACUUAGAAGCCCGAUACAGACAUAUCGGACGGCUCUCUGACCUCGGGGAUGCGAUCAACAAAGCUCACAUUGUAAUCAACAAAAUGAAGGUCAUCAGCCCUCAGUAUUAUUUGCUUAGAGAUUGUUUCUAUGAGCUCGGGACUAAGCUCGGACUUCUAUACGAAGCAACAAACAUGAUAGAUCACCUCGAUGAGGCCAUUGUAUGGUCUCGCAAGGCGGUAAGUGCUAUUGGCGCACGCUCAGAGGUUUUUUGCCAACUCGAACACUUGUUGACACUUCGUUACAAGAAAACGCACCAGAUCAGUGAUUCCGAAGAAGCAUCCAGGUGGGCAGAAGAAGCAGCCAAGUGGGAAAAAGCAGAUCAUUAG